AAAUUUAAUAUUGAUUAUCGGCUUGUUCGUAUUCUCCAUUUGCUCCGAGUGUCACAAUGGAUCUUUACGAGGAGGUUAAAAAGAAAAAUGUAGUAACAUUUUUCGAUAAUGAUGGUUACCGUCGUUUCAUUUCUCUUUGUGUCAUUAAUCAUUUUAGUUACCAGAUUAGAGAUGGAAAAUCUAAUGGGACAAUUGGUAAACGAAGUGUUAUCCUGGUUUCUGAUCCUAAUCAAAUUGCUUUGGAAAGUAAAACAAUACGAAAUCAUACAAACCUUUCAGUUGAAGAAUUGGUUAAAAAUGAAGAUUAUCUUGAAAUGGAUGUUAACUCAUGGAAUCAACUAAUUGCUGAUCAUCAUGUUCUUGUUAUGAACUGCUCAUUAUUCUCAACCCUCCUCUCUAGAUCAUUGAUAACAUUAUCAACCAUUAAUCUAAUUAUUCUCAAUAAUUGCCAUUUAGUCUUAACGGAUGAUAGUUAUAAACAAUUAUCCAUUUUUCUACAGUCUUGUGAUCCUUUAAACACACGUUUACUUGCAUUUUCACCCAGUUUAAUGAAAUGUAAUCGAAAACCAGCCGAAAUUGAAGCGAUAAUUUGUCAAAUGGAGAAGAAACUUCAAGCCUCGAGAAACACCAGUACCGAUUUCCAAAUGUCUUAUCGUUUAUCCGUUAAACCAAAGGGUAAAAUUAUCUAUUAUGAUGAUUACUUGUUAACAUAUGACCUUUACAAUCCUAAUGUAAUUGGUAAACUUUUGGAUGAUUUAAAGACUAUGAUUAACGGAUGUCAACAUGUUUUCACUCAAGGAACUGGAAUCAAUGGGUUUACCUUGUUACAAAUAAUACGAACGAUUUUCAAUACAACUAAAACCAUGGGAACAUAUUGUGCCAUGGAAUUGGCUGAAAUCUAUGCCAAGGAACUUUCUGAACUUAUCAUAAACUGUAAGGAUGUCCAAUUGUCUUCCAUACUUGCAUCAACUCUCUCUUUCUGUCAAUACGUUCAAGUUAUUUUUCGACAACAAUUAUCACUAUUUUACAUUAACCAUCAACUCCAAGUUAACGUGUCAGAAAAGAUGCUCUCCAUUUUGAAAGUACUUUUAGACUUUAUUCCAAACCCUGAACUUCUACAAUCGGAAAAUGUUAAAAAUCCCUCAGGUCUUCAUGGGAUAAUCUUUGCCAAAGAUCGGACAACCGUUCGACUUUUAUGUGCUUGGCUUUCCGGUGUUUCUGAAAAUCUUGAACAGUUUAAUUUCCUUAAAGUCGACUAUCUUGUCCCCAACAAUAAGAUGUCCAAAUCUAAAGACUUCCCAUCAACUUCUCGUUUGGAAACUAUGAUGCAUAAAUAUCGUAAACAAGAAGUAAAUCUACUUGUGAUCUCAACUUCAUACGAAGAAGAACUCGAAGUGACCAAAUGUAAUCUGGUCAUAAGAUACGAUUUUCCGUCAACAUUUACCGAAUAUCUUAACAGUAAACAAAAGUUACGAACAGAUAAUGGUAAAUAUGUUCUGUUUAUACCCAAAAACGAGCCAACGAAAUCUUUAUGUGAACAAAAAUUGAGUGAAUUUGUAUCACUGGAAAAUAUCAUGAAAAGUAAAGAACUAGAAAUUGAACGACCUCCGCCCUUCGAAUUACUGGCCGAUGAAUUUCCGCCAUUUAAAACAUGUAAAGAAGCGACUGUUGAGUUGGCCAAUUCAAUGUUCAUCCUUCAUCGUUAUUGUACUCGAUUACCAAGUGAUACAUUUACUCAUCUAGUUCCAAUUUACAGCAAUCAAACUCUGGAAAAUGGACAAAUUCAGUGUACACUUUACCUUCCAACCAAUUCACCGGUUCGAGGUCCAAUUACCGGUCAACCAGCUAAUCACCAUGAAAUCGCUCAACGAUCAGCGGCUUUGGAAGCAUGUAAAGCCCUUCACGCUGCUGGUGAAAUAAAUGAUCUCCUUUGGCCAGUUGGUAAAGAAAAUAGUAAGUGCCUUGAAGAAUUGGGUAUAAAGCGUCAUAAGCGAGGUCCCCGUGGCGAGAAUGUUCUUGAUCGACCAGGUACUACGAAGAGACGACAAAGUUAUCAAAAAAGUGUCGCUGAAUCAUUGAAGGGAGGAGACAUCAUACCCGGUGAACCAUGUUACAUGUAUAUUUUUCUCAUGUCUUUAACUUGUCCAAUUCCAGAGGAUCAAAAUACUCGAGGUCGAAAACUUGUUGACCCAAUGGAUUCACCUCGAUUCUUUGGAUUAAUUACUAAAUCAAGAAUUUCUAGAAUCUGUGAUUUCCCGGUUUAUACUCGAUCAGGUGAAGUGAUUGUCUCCAUGAAAGCGACAGCGGAAAAGAUUAAAUUUGAUGAAGAUCAAAUUGAAAAGUUGAAACAAUUCCAUCGAUUUACAUUCAAUGACGUUCUCCAUUUGGUUAAAGAUCCAAUGGUCUAUGAUCCAAUCGGUGCUCCAUCAACGAUUCUUAUUGUUCCAGUAAAUUACAUGCCAACAAUUUCGAAAAGUCUUCCUACCUCAUUUACCAUUGAUUCUAAUUGUGUUUCCAUUGAUUGGAUGUUUAUCGAUAAAGUUUUAAUCUAUGAGCGAACCGAUCACACUAAAGAAAAGACUGAUUUCAAAUUUGAUAGAAGUGUUUUCGAAGAUGCUGUCGUUAAACCCUGGUAUCGAUCAGCUAAUGAACAAUUACCAUUUUAUGUUGCCAAUAUUUGUGAUGAUCUAAGGCCAACCAGUCCAUUUCCAACCGAUACCUAUGCAACUUUUUACGAUUACUAUUUAUCCAAAUAUGGAAUCGAGAUCACCGAUAAAGAUCAAUCCCUAUUGGAUGUCGAUCAUACCUCAGCUCGUCUCAACUUCCUAACGCCAAGAUUUGUCAACAGGAAAGGAAUGCCUUUACCUAAGAGCACUGAGAAAACCCGAACUGCUAAACGAGAAAACCUUCAAUCGAAGCAACUUUUGGUACCCGAAUUAUGUAUUGUCCAUCCAUUUUCAGCUUCCUAUUGGAAUAAAGCUGUUUGUCUUCCAAGUAUUUUAUAUCGAGUUAAUCAUCUUUUAAUAGCUGAUCAAUUAAGACGACAAGUUGCGUUAGAUAUUGGAAUUGGAGUAACUAAAGAUGAUCCCCAAUUUUCAUGGCCUGCACUCGAUUUUGGUUGGUCCUUAACCGAAGUCCUUAAUCAACCCGAUGAUGAAUUUGAUCUCCCGGUAGCAAAAAGUUCAAAUACUAAAACCUCUAAGUCAAAAAAUUCGAUAAAAAAUUGUGUACCAUCUUCAUCGAUUUCCACUAACAUCCCACCAACCCCUUCAGCUCCUUCAAAAAGUAUUCCUAUCGAAUCUCCUUCAGUAAAUCCAGUUCCGGUUCCAAUGGAUAAUGAUAACAAUGAUGAUCUAUUAAUUGAUACGUUUGAUCCUAAUAUUUACAAAGUUGAACCCAUAGAGGAAGAUAAUGAUCUUGGUGAAAUUCCUCCAGUAGGUAAUUGGGAUCAAAAUGAUUACCUGGGUGGAGCAUUUGAAAUUGAUCCAAUGUCUUUCGAUGCUGGAAUUGAUUACGACCUUGAUGAUGAUCUUGAUGAUGAACCAAGAAUUGUAGAAUUGGAUAAUGAUGGUAACCCAAUUAAGCAAAGCAAUGGCUUCCGUGUUGGAUCACCCAGUAACUUUGAUCUCAAUGGUGAUACCACCAACAAUUGGAUGGCCGAAUCAACUGGACCAAACACAAUAAUUGAUCUAAAUAUUCCUGGAUUAAAUUUAAUUACUACUGGUAUCGGAGUUGAUUUGCAAAACUUGUCUGAGGAUUUGAAAAACAUUCAUGCAUAUGAUGAUUUUGAUAACUCGGAAGAUGAAGAUGAAGAUGAAGAUCCAGACGAUGAUUGUGAUCAAGAUUUUGAAGAUCACUUUGAUCAAGAUCAACUAUUAAUUCCCGAUUCUGAUGAUACCAUUGAAAUUGCCAAGGAAGAGAAAUGUAAAGAUAUCUUAACCUCUGGUCUUAUAUUAUCUAGUCACAAUGAUGAGCCUGAAAAAAGUGAUGAAAUUUCAAUUUAUGAUCAAAUUGAAAUUCCCGAUCCAUGGGUUGACCCGAAUAUUGUUUCAAACGCUCAACUGGAUAAAGAAAAAAUUGAGAACAUUUUUUCAUACGAUGAAAUUAUUGUCCAAAAUGAUGAAAUAUCCAAUGAAGAUGAAUCUAUAAAUGAAAUUAUCAUGAAAUUAGAUGCUGAUCUAGAAGUUUUAAAACCAAUCGUCUUACCAAAACAUAACAAUUCGUCAACAAUUAAAACAACUAAAACUGAUAAACAAUCAUUGGAUCGCGAUGAAAAAACUCUUGGAGAAGUGAUUCCAAGUUUCGGUGAACUAUUACCAAAUCGAGAUGAAAUUAUCGUCUCUGGAGAGAGUGAAACAAAACAUAUCCACCUUGACCCUUUGAACGAAGAGUUUGAUCCUGAAAUCGGUCCAAGUCCAGCAAUGGUACUUCAAGCAUUGACCAUGUCGAAUGCCAGUGACGGAAUUAACUUGGAACGUCUUGAAACUGUUGGUGAUUCUUUCCUGAAAUAUGCGGUCACCGUUUUCAUGUACUGUCGAUGUCAUCAACACGAAGGUAUCUUAUCUCAACUUCGAAGUACCCAAAUUAGUAAUUUAAAACUGUACGAAUUGGGAUCUGAGAAAAAUCUUGGUGAACUAAUGGUGGCCACUAAAUUUGAACCUUCCGAUAAUUGGCUUCCACCCGGUUUCAAAAUACCUGGUGGUCAUUUUAAUCUUGAAGUUUCUACCAGUGAAUCUGGUGAGAAGGUGGAAAAAUUUUUCAACUGUCUUUCAACUCAACAAUCAAUUCCCGACAAAAGUAUUGCCGAUUGUGUUGAAGCGCUAAUUGGUGCUUAUCUCAUCUCAUGUGGUCCAAGAGGUGCUUUACUUUUCAUGCGUUGGUUGGGAGUUAUGGUUAUGGAUGAUGUUCAAGAACCUCAACCGGAAACUGGACUUUGGCGAUGGUUAAACCCAAUCAAACCUCCGCUCUUUCCUAACGCACCGCAAGAUGAUCUUGAUAAAUUGUACCUUUCCUAUGGGUUGGAUAGAUUUGAGAAGCAAAUCAUUCAAUACGAAUUUAAAGACAAAGCUUAUUUGGUACAAGCAUUUACCCAUAAUUCAUUUUCCGACAAUCGGGUAACUGAUUGUUAUCAGCGACUCGAAUUUCUUGGUGAUGCUGUUCUCGAUUUUCUAAUCACUCGACAUCUUUUCGAUGAUCCAAGACAACAUUCACCCGGUGUCCUAACCGAUCUAAGAUCAGCACUUGCAAAUAAUACUUUCUUUGCUUCUUUAGCUGUUGAAUAUGAAUUUCAUAAAUAUCUCAUGUAUAAAACAGCUGAUCUUCAUAAAGUUAUCGCACGAUUUGUUGAACAUCAUGCAUCGAAUGGUAAACUUAGAGAUCCAUCAGCACUUUUACUACUUCGUAGUGAAGAUGAUGAUUGUCAACAACCCGAAGAUAUCGAAGUACCAAAAGCCUUAGGUGAUGUCUUUGAAUCUGUCGCUGGAGCGAUUUACCUGGACAGCGGUUUCUCCCUUGACACCGUAUGGAGAGUUUAUUACAACAUGAUGAAACCAGAGAUGGAAUAUUUCAGUAAAAAUCCACCCAAAUCACCGAUUCGUGAACUUCUCGAAAUGAAACCACAAAAAGUUUCUUUCAGUAAACCGGAAGACAUUACUAUUCAUGGAAUAGCUAAAGUCCGAAUGAGCGUUGAAGUUUUUAAUCUUGGUAAAUUUGUCGGAAUUGGUCGCAAUCGUCGAUUAGCCAAAUACACGGCCGCUAAGAGAGCACUUAGAGACCUAAAAGCACCAAAUAGCAAUUCCAAAAAAGCUCAUCUUUAAUUUACUCAAUAUUUUACACACUUAAUUAUUAACCCAAUUCUUAAUUCUUAUACUUUUGCCCGAAAUUAUUUGGAAAUAACCCUUGAUAACCAUUGAUGUUGCCUUAACAAUUAACAUAUAUGAUUUUUUAACUAAUAAUUAUUUAUCGAUGAUAAACAAAUGAAAA